AUGUCCUGUGUAAAAUUAGAAGUCACAGCCUUCCGGGCAUGGAGGCGCGCUCGUGAUCGUCUGUCGGCGCGGAGCGCGCGCCCGGGCUUACAUAACGAGGGCAGCGGCGGCAUGGCCGCCCGCGUGUCCGCCGAGGGCGCAGGGCCCUCUUACGCGUCAGUGUUGAACUUUAGAGGGGGCGACAGUAAUAAGGAGAACAUUGAGGCCGCGCCGGGCGAAGUGUCUGAUGCUCCUCCCACCAAGCAGGAUGACGAGGAGGAGGAGGGGUUCGUGCCUGUCAUAUCGCACGGCCGCCGUCCUGGCAAGGGCAGAAGGCACCCUGAACGCAGGGCUCCGCCUCGGCCCCACAAGGCGCCCCAGCCACAUACUGAUCCACAGAACCAGCCAACACCAGAACAGCAGCAGCAGUCAUCGGAGAGCCAGCCGAAGAAGUUUGUAGAAGCGCCAAUACCUAAAGUGAACCCUUGGCAGGUCCGAGGCGGCAGUACGGGCGCUCCGCCGCCAGCGGCACCAGCUAUGAUCGAACAGGAGAAGAGGUCGCCUCUACAGCCGCAGCAGCAGGGCAGAGUGCAGCCAGAACCCCCUGUAGUCAGCGUACCACCACCUCCAAAACCAGCGAUAGUCAAGGCACCGAAAAAUGUGAAAGUUAAUCAAAAGGCGUCAGACUUCACGGAUAUAGGCGACUGGCCGACCCUCGGGGCGGCCGUCUCCGGAGGCGCCCGGUGUCACUCGACGCCGCCGCCGCACGACGCUGAUUCCUCACAUCAUAAUGGAAAUGCGGAACAAGACCGCAAGCCGCCUGAGGAGCCGCAGCACCAACCGCCGGCCAAGCCGGAGAAGGUGGAGCCGGCUCACAACCACCAGCACACGGAGAAACACCACGACAAACAUCUCGAUAAGGCUAAGAGUUCAGGAGCAGGCAAAGGUGGCAGUAAGUCUGGCAAGCACAAGUGGGUGCCAUUAGACAUCGACGUUAAGGCUGCUCGGCCGGGCAAACAUGGACCACAACACUCAAUGAGACCAGAAAACGACACGGUAUCCCUGAACGGCGAGGAGCGCGGGUCCCGCGGCGGCCCCCGCUCGCGCGGCUCGCGCGGCGCGGCGCGCGGCGGGCGGCGCGGCGGCGCGCGGCCCGCCUCCGCGCUGCCCGCGCUGCCGCCGCACCACCACACGCUGUACCACCACGCGCACGACUACCCGCACCAUCCCGACCUCGCGCAGCUGCGGUUACCAGCGGGCGGCGUGGCGCAGGUGGUGGUCCCGUUCGGCGUGGCGGCGCUGGGCGCCCCGCUGGCGCCGCCGCUGGCGCAGGCCUUCUACUACGGGGCCGCCGCCGCCACCGCCGCGCCCUACGGCCUCGGCCUCGACCACAACACGCUCAAGGACCUCAUCAAGAAGCAGAUCGAGUACUACUUCAGCCCGGACAACCUGGCGCGCGACUUCUUCCUGCGCCGCAAGAUGGCGGCGGACGGCACGAUCCCGGUGACGCUGAUCGCGUCCUUCCACCGCGUGCGCGCGCUCACCGCCGACGUCACGCUCGUGCUCGACGCCAUCCGGGACUCCGACAAGCUGCAGCUCAUCGCCGGCUUCAAGGUGCGAACAGCCUUCGAACCAACAAAAUGGCCGAUCCUCGACAUAGCAGCCGGCCCCAACGCCGAAGACGACAAAUCCGAUAAAUCUGACAAGUCCGACAAAUCCGACAAGUCUGACAAGCCGAAGGAUCCCGAGGACAAGCCGAAGGAUGCCGAAGACCUGAAGGAUGACGUCACCGAGGAGGUUGUGAUCGCCGAAGCUCCCAGUAUAGCGGCUGAGGAGGCUGUGCUACAGAAUGAAGUUAGUUCGACGACUGUUGAGGAGAGUGAGACACAACAACAACAGCCAGAGAAGGAGAAAGAGAACAAAGAAUUAUCACAAGAAGUGAAACAGGAGAGCAAAGUAGAUUCAGAUAACGAUAAAGCCGUUAUCGACCCUUCUGACGACCCUCCGCUGCAGAAUGAAAGCAACGAUGAAAAACCUGGAGAGAAACGUCGCAAGAAGCAGCUAGUGGGUAUAUUCCCACUGCCGACGACGUCGGGCGGGCCGCUGGUCGCGCCCGUGUCCUCUCUGCUGCGAGCUGUUCCACCGCCGCCUUUGCCGCGCAUGUUCCGCGGCCCCCGCGCGGCGCCGGGCGGGCCGCCCGCCGACCCGCUCAACCCCGACGUGCCCGAGUUCGUGCCGCUCGCGCGCAGGCAUGAAGAGUACAACGACAAGUCAGACAGUCAGAACGAAAGACGAUCAGGCAACAACAGUCCCAGCUCCGAACAGAAUUCUGAUGCUUGGACUGAGGUGAAGCGUCGCAACAAAGCGGGCUCCCGCGAGCGAGCCCCCGCCGCGGCCGAUGAAGAGCAACGCGAGGAACUGCACUUCCAGCUCGACGAGGAGCUGGACCUUCCACCGCCCAGGCUCAACACCUUCACUGAUGCUUGGUCUGACGAAGAAUCGGACUUGGAGUUCACGGACCGUGACGUCGGGCGACUGCUGAUCGUGACGCAGACCCCGGCGCGCGCGCACAAGCACGACGGCCACGACCGCCAGGGCGACUGGAACACGCGCACCAAGAUCACGCAGGACCUCGAGCAGGUUAUCACUGAUGGACUACGAAGGUAUGAGGAAGACUUAUGGACUGAUACGGAUUACCCGUCGUCGUACGGGUCGCAGACGUACCGCACGGUGUCGCUGAUCAGCCGCGAGCAGUUCGAGGCGGCCGUGCCGGCGGAGCGCCACGCCAACCCCGCCGAGCCGCCGCCGCCGCCGCCGCGCCAGGCCACUGUGGAGGUCCAAGAACAGCCAAGCAGCAAAUCCAAACGGCCGCGCCGCACGGCGAGGUUCUACGCCGCCAACAAGGACCCGCACGCUACCGAUGUUAUCACGAGCCGCAAGCACAAGACGCGGCACAGCCUGAACCCGCCCGUGGAGCACCACGUGGGCUGGAUCAUGGACGUGCGCGAGCACCGCGCCAGGACGCACAGCACCGGGUCAUCGCUGGGCACUUCCCCAACGCUGGGCUCGUCGUGCGGCUCGGUCCCGCAGUCGCUGCCCACGUUCCACCACCCGAGCCACGGCCUCCUCCGCGAGAACCACUUCACGCAGCAGGCCUACCACAAGUACCACUCGCGCUGUCUUAAAGAGCGCAAAAAACUCGGCAUCGGACAGUCACAAGAGAUGAACACGCUAUUCAGAUUCUGGUCUUUCUUCUUGAGAGAUCACUUCAACCGGACCAUGUACAAUGAAUUCAGAACGCUAGCCAACGAAGACGCGUCGGCGGGCUUCCGCUACGGUUUGGAAUGCCUGUUCCGCUUCUACUCGUACGGACUCGAGCGGAAGUUCCGGCCCGAGCUGUACCAGCACUUCCAGAUCGAGACCGUCGCGGACUACGAGAAGGGUCAACUAUACGGGCUGGAGAAGUUCUGGGCCUUCAUGAAGUACUACAAGCACGCGGGCGCUCUGCAGGUGGACGCCAAGCUGCAGGCCUACUUGGACAACUUCCAGAGCAUCGAGGACUUUAGGGUGCUCGAGCCGGCGUUGAACGAGUUGCUGGCGGCGCAGGGGCAGGGCAGCGGGCGCGGGCCUCACGCGCGGCCCUACGACCGCACGCGCUCCGUGUCCGAGAGCGACCGCGCCGCCGCCGCGCAUAGGAACAGCAAGCACGUGUCGCUGCGCGGCUCGGGCGCGGCGCCGGCCAGCAGCAACAACAACCGCGGCCGCGCCGGCUCCUGCGGCGCGCAGAGCGUCGUCGCCAACGCGCGCCCACGACCAACGCCAAAAUCGAAGCCAGAAGCGGAACCCAAGCAGCUCGCAGCAAAGCAGUGAUUCGUGUACAUAUUAAAGACAAAAGUGCAGUGUGCUUAACACAAGUGUAGAUUAAAAAGUAUAUCGGAUGCAUUUUCUUUUUCUAUAUAUACUUUAUUAUAAUAUAGUGCUGUGACACUUAGUGGUUCGUUCUGGCGACACUCGACGGAAACGUUCGGAGCCUAGCUUAUAUGCAUCGACAAUAAGCAACGCUACGCUGUAUGUUCACGCGUUAUCAGUUUUGACAUCUAUAUAGCUAGAGUAAGUAUGUACUACCAUAUAAACAAUAUUACUAUAUAUUUAUAUAUUUUUGACAUUGUAUAAAAUAUACACGACAAGCAUCUUGCUAAAUUCAAAAUGACAUAAAAGAAAAACUGUCAUAGUCUUUGGUAGGUUAAGUAUUUUUUAUCUGUGGCGACUUUGGUGCUGCGACAUCGACAAUCCUCGCAUUUUUUUCAUUCGCCAUCUUGGAUUCUCGAGUGUGUGUACUCUAGUUGGUCUCGAGUUUUAGAUGUUAAGGUUUUCUUAUGACUCUGUUGGUUGUCGAAAUGUAUUGGUAUGGUCGCCAAUAGAAAUCUAUUAACACGAAUUAGAUUUUCAAAACAAAACAACAGUAUACUAUAACGACUGUGUCGAAUGAUUUGCUGUUGUGCUAUGUAACAAACGGUUUGACAACAAAUAUAGUCAAAACAUACUAAUACAAGUGAAAAAUACUAUCUCCAAAAUGAGAUUGUGUAAAUAGAUUUUUGUCGCCGACUGUGCAGUUGAACUCGAGUGAUAUUAUUAAGCGAAACACGGAUUAAACUUAAAUGUUACUCAAGUUUAAGCCGCCAUACUCAGUCUAUACUUCGCUAAGUAUACUUGCCUUGAGUUGUCUUGAGCGUACUUAACCUCAAGUAUCGAUUAUGAGUGUAGAUACUCGAGUAGCACCCACUCGAUUACUCCUACACAACGUUCUCGAUCUCUAGAAUUAACAAAAAAAAACUAGAAUAUAUGUUGCGAUCAUAAAAUUGUUUUGUAUAACUUGUACAGCCGAGUAUUGUCAUGUAUAAACGGAAAAUAAAUAGUUAAAAAAAAAAGAAAAUGUAUAAUUGUCAGAAGACUGGAUUUUCAGAAAUGCGAGAAAUUUUAACGUUUGCGAGAUUGUGUGAAGCAUACUCGAUGUUUAAAAUACUUAAUGGUUUCUUUUUUAGUAUACUUUUUAAUUUUUAUGCAGACCGUAGUUUGUUUGGCGAUGUGUGUCAGUUUUGAUGUUUAGUCGUGUUCAACGUAGGUAGAAAUCCAAGUUACAACGCCUAGCUGACUGUGAAAGUAAUAAUAAUAGUUAUUUGAUACAUGAAAAUCUGUUUGAAUAAUGUUUGUAGCAUGAGAUUCGAUGUUUAAAUGUAUUCGAGCACAAAAUUGUAUUUAUAGAAUAAUAACCGAAUGUUGAGACGUCAGUCGCUUUUAAGACGCUGUCAAGUUACUUCGCUAGACGAUUCAGGAGACCAAUGUAUUUUUAAAAGUUUAAAAAUCUUAGUGACAUUUACACUACCUUAAAAACCUUUCAUUGUCGUUAUUGGUUCAGCCUUUGCAAGCUUUAAACUGUACGACUUUAUGUUAUUAUUUACUUGUGCUAUAAUUCAUAAGUAGAAGCGUCAACGUAUAUUCUGAUCGGCCAGUAGAAUGUGACACGUAUAAAACAACGUCUUAAAACGACACCAGUAUUCGGGAUUAAGGUAAAUUAAAAGUAAAUAGUUAAUCUUAGUCUUACCUAUAGGUAAAACUUGCCUUAUACAAUAAUAAUAACUGGCUUUAAGUGUAACUAAGUGAGCCAUGAACUAACUUGGAGUUCUAUCAACUUUAAGCAAUUAUAUUAAAAGACUUAAGCGAUUUAUUAUCACAUACAUGUUCAACGUCCGAAACGGUCUGCGAAAUACUGCCACACGUAUUUAUAAACGAGCACACAGUUAUUUUAGUACGGUAUCCAAACAGUUUGACGCAUUGGUUUGACGACAAACGGUGACACGAAAUGUGUAGGCCAACAAAUAUUAUGUAGUUUCGGUGCUAUUUUGUAAAUGGGAUUAAAAAUAUACCGUUUGAAUAUCAAUCCAAUGAUUUUUGAGGCGAUUUUCAUUGAUUUUAAACUGAAUUUCUCGAGUGUUACUUAAUUUUAAAUGGACUUAAGUUUCUGAACGAUUGAAUAUAAUAUCAUUGUCUGUCAAAAGUAUAAAACAUGUCAGUAAUUGGUUGAACGAAAGGUCAACAACCAAUUACAGGGCCUAAAGUCAGAUUUCAAAGUUCUAGUCUUUCAGAAACUGAUAUUCAGUCUCAUGCUGAGACAAACGAAAAAAAAUAAAGUUAGUUAUCAUUCGAGAAACCGCUGGUUAGAUAUAGCACUCAAAUUGUCCCGAAAGACAUAGUUAAUAUUCAAACUCGGGAUAGGUUACAUACAUAUGGUUAAACAAUGUAAUAGCUUUAGUGUAAUAACUAGGUCUAUACAAACAUGAUUAAAAAGAGAAUAGGAAUGCACAUCUCCAUAGUUAUAUACUCUUAACAUAGGAAUGUUCAAACUAAUGGUGGUACAGGAAUUUGUAUUGUGACAUUCUCGUUAUGAAGUCGAUUAAUUACUUUGGCCAAUAAAUAAUGAACUCGGAAAACGACUUCAAUAUUAAUGGUAUACAGUCAAUAAUAUUCCACAAUUAAUAUUACUGUGCAAUAUUAUUGUACAUCUGCGGUCGCCUUACGCACAUAACGUCGCCCCAAUGUUGGCAUUAGAUUGAUGUUUGUCGGUUUACUGAAGGAAUGUUUGUACUCGCUAUCCGUCCACACUUUCGUGUAAUGUGUGAGCUGGUUAAUAUUUAAAACCAAUUAGUAAGUUAUAUUUUUUUAUUAUUAGGGAAUAAGUUGCUGUUGUGUGUGAAAACUUCAAAAAUAUCAUAUUAGAUACGAUUGUUACACAGUUGGUGACGUUCCUAUUCUCAUUUAAAUCAAAAUACAAUUGUAUAGAUUAAUAUCGUGAGUUUAGUGAUCUUAGAUCUUUUUAGAAGCUAGAUUUUCGCAAUAAUUACAUGAUAAAACUAAAUUCUGUGUGAAUCGAACCGGUUAGUAUAAAAAGCAUGAUGUUUUGCCGACACUUGCCUGGUCCCAGGACAAUGGCGGCAAAGUCUUGUAUCAAAAUCACAAUUUUAUCAUUUCAAUUUACAGCUAACCCCCUUAAUAGUCAUAGCUUGGUUCUAAUGAUAAAAUUGUAAGUUUAAUACGUUGGGAGGUCGUUUAAAACAAUUCAUGAAAAUCGUUUCCUAAUGUCGUCGUUAUAACACUAACAUUGCUCAAGAUUUUGUUUCUUUUAUGUAUGGGUGUGUAUUUGUGGUAUGUCCAAAAUUAUGAAUCCGAAUUGAAUUUUAUAGCCGAUAAUCUAAAUAGUAUGAUUUUCAUUUAAAUUGCUAUCUAUAUUAAUAAAAACUUGUUUUUUCUAGAGAGGUGACUAUAUUAAUAGUACUAUCUGCUGGUAUAUAGUAACUAUUAUAAUCAUCAUAGUCACAGCUGAUUCGAUUGAUUGAAAACCCAACUUUGCAUGUUCUUAUGAUAUUUGUAACAUUAUUAGGCCUUAGUAAUUUACAAUGUGAUUACAAUAAAGAAAUCCUUCAGUAUUUAUUGAAUAAAAUACAUUAAAUGCAAAUAAUAAUAAAAUGGGUCUUUGAAUAAAUUGUUGCCUUAUCAAUUGUCUGAACUUAUUAAUAAAAUCUAUUUAACAUUGGCCGAUUACUCCAGACAGACAGGCAUAAUUCGUUUAUAUGUAUACAAAUGACAACUAUUUUCGAUAUAUCACGCAACUUGUCACUGUAAUACAUUUGCGCGAAUUGAUUAUCGCUUGAAACAAAUCAAUUGCAUAGGCAACUUAACUGAUGAUUAUAACGUAAUUUCAGGGAAUUGACCAAUUCAAUGUGAGACCAAUCUGAUAAUGUAUUGUAUGAGGUUGUGAAAAUCUUCAAUAUAACACACGGAACAUCGCCCCUAUAUGUCACGCUGUCUAUCAUGGCUGGCAAACUUUCGGUUCAGCAAUAAGUUGAAAAUAAAGCUAUAAAUUCAAUUCGGAUGCAAAAGCUAGCCAAUAAUAUAUAAUAUAUAUUAAAACCUGUAUAUGAUUCAUGUUAACUGAAGCUGGUGUGCGAAAAUGGCUCUUUUUUUCUAGUAUAUAAGUGUGCUUUUAUUUUUAUUUUUUUUUGUUGUGCCAUGUACUCUUGGUCUGUGUAUUAAAAUUAUCCGCUUUGAACAUACCAAUAAAAUUUAUGAUUUUAUUCGACAAUUAUCAACAGUCAAAUAUUUUAUUAUUACACACCAAGAGCACAAUGCAAUACUGUUUAAUAAUAUAUAUACCUACACUAGGAUUAUGAAUAAAAAAUAAAAAAAAAUACAUCUAGUUACGCUUAGAUCGCUUCUACCCUGAAAAAAAUAGUUCCUAUACAAUUAUUAUUAAAUGUUUUAAGGUUUCUUAUAAGUUUGUUUGACACAGAAAUCUAGGCAGCAACUAGUUAAGUAAAUUUUCUUAGUCAUAUUUACAGCACUUUCAUGAUUUUAAAUUAACAUAAUGCCUUUUUAAGUCGCUUCAGAGGCCUAGAGGCUGUGUACACACUGACACCAGGUUGUACAUCAACCAUCCGCUAGUAAGACUUGCUUAAGAACUUACUCAAAGUUAAGCUCAAUAUUAGUUUGCCUUUAAAUCUCUGAAUGAUUGAUUUAGCAACAGAAAUUGAGUUAUUAUGCAGGCAUUAAAUUUAAUACAUGUGCAAAUCGUAAAGUCUCAACAUUGGCCUAUUGGUCAAUUUUCACUUGAACCUAUUGAAGUUUUAUCAAUAAUGAACCUCCUGUAGAAAAAAAAUAAUACCUUCUUAUUCACAUCCUCUUUUCAUAUAGGAAUGGUUUGAGCAUUAAUCACCACGAUAGUGCACUUAGAAUUUCAGAUGAUAAAUAAUUACAUUCAAUGAUUUCUGUGUCACCAAACGUUUCACCCGUUUCGUUUGCCCGUCCCCAUAGAGAUGCAUUGUAAAUUGUAUAACAGUUGUCUGUUUUACAUUGUAUCGAGGUAAAUUUUGUAUGGAAGCGAUCGAUAGCUGCGCCGUCGUGUUUGUAUGAGAUAUCGUCAAAAUAUAUUUGACGGUAAGUGGAGAUUUUUAAAUUCUAGUUGUCUCAAGAGUCGUUGGUAAAGCGAUAAUUUUAUUAAUACAGUUUUUGUUUGUCAAAUUGUAUGCAGUCUUUUUGCCAAGGCGAAAAUUCGUCAACAAACAAUUUUAAUAAAAAAUUUCAUUCGUUACGGCGGGACGCUUUAGAAUAAAUUAAUAUUCUCAUGCAAUAAUCAAAAAGUUUCGGUAAUUUGACAAUAGAUGUCGUCGUAUAAAUUGUAAAAUAUUCCUUCAGCCUUUGGUUGUUGAUAUUUUCAAUAUAUUCUAAUAGAUGCCUCUUGUUUUAACUCUAAAACCUCCCUCGCAUACAAGUGCGACGUCGCAAUAAUGGCGGGAUAAUUGUUAAGUUGUUUUUAAGUUAAUUUGUUGCAAUUUUUUUCGUAUCGUAAGCGCGCCAAAGGUGAAGAAGACAGGUGUUAAAAAACACGUAGGUUUACUGUAUAAACGGAAAAUAUAAAAAAAAAAUAUCUUGCUAAUAAAGUUAAGGCUUGCUAAUAUUAUUAACGAUGUGUACAAUGGUCUGCGUUGCCGCCAUUUCGACACUUAUGAAAUGACAGACGCCAUGUUUUGCACGCACAAACAUUAGCGUGUGAUAUUUGUGCAAUCUUUUAAGUCAUAAGAACAGUUUGUUUUUAAAUAAAUGUGUAACUAAACGCAAACCAUUGUGCACACCGACUCAUAGUAGGUUCAAUUAUUACUCCAGUGCAUUCGAUUUUGUUGUCACUAUUUUUUUUUUCGGUAAAACUUUGGUUGUUGUAAAAUAAUAAAAAAAUAAUUGCGUAGAUUGUUUCAAAAAGUUAGUCAAUGUAGGUAGGUUAGUUUGGAAAUUAAGUAAAAAUUGAUUUUUUAAGGUUCGCUUCGUCGAAGUGACGUAGACAGGUGUAUGUAUUAUUAAUUCACGGACGAUUUUAAUGAAAAGUUUGCAUUUUAGCGAUCACUGUCUUGUCGUAAGACGCAGUUAAUGGCUGUAAGUUAAAAUAAUAUACAUAUUAUAUUUGAAUUAAAUAAAUUAAUAAUAAAACCACAA